CUGCGGAGCUACCGCCGAUAAUAAAUACACACAGGCGUCACACACGGAGAGGUUGCCAAACAGCUAAUCAUGGUGAAUGUAAAGAAACGGAAAGGUCGGGUCGUUAUUGAUUCCGACUCAGAGGAUAGUGCAAGUGAUGAUAAUCUGGAUCAGGAGCUACUUUCCUUGGCCAAGCGGAAGAGGGUAGACACCGAUGACCAAGAGGAACCUGUCAGCAAGCCUGCAGCCUCGACUGACUCCGAGACCUCCGAUAGCGAUGAUGAGUGGACCGUCGGAGGCACCAAGGCCAAGAAGAAGGUCAAACCAGGAAAAACAGAGAAGAAGAACACUGCCAAGAAGAAGGUGAACAAGGCAGCAUCCUCAGGCAGCUCCGAUGGCGACAGCUCUGCAGAGAGUUCAGCACCGGAGGAAGGGGAGGUGUCCGACUCGGACAGCAACAGCUCGUCCUCCAGCUCCGACUCGGACUCUUCCUCAGAGGACGAGGAGUUCCGCGACGGCUACGGGGAGGACUUGAUGGGAGACGAGGAGGACCGAGCGAGGCUGGAGCAGAUGACUGAGAAAGAGCGCGAGCAGGAGCUGUUCAACCGUAUUGAGAAGCGUGAGGUGCUCAAGAGGAGGUUUGAGAUCAAGCAAAAACUGAAGAAGGCCAAGAAGAAGGAGAAGGAGGAGAAAAAAAAGAAGCAGGAAGAGGAGCAGGAGAAGAAGAAACAGGAUAGGUCUCAGGCACAGGACGCUCAGGUGGUGAUGUCUCACAACAAAGAGCGGAGGUCCAAGCGGGACGAAAAACUGGACAAGAAGUCCCAGGCCAUGGAAGAGUUGAAGGCUGAGAGAGAGAAGAAAAAGAACAGAACGGCUGAGCUCCUGGCCAAACGGGAGCCUCUCAAAGCCAGUGAAGUCUACUCCGAUGAUGAGGAGGAAGAGGAGGAUGAUGACAAGUCAUCGGUGAAGAGUGACCGCAGCUCACGCUCCUCAUCAUAUGAUGAAGAAGAGGAGAAAGAAGAAGCGCCACCUAAGUCUCAACCCGUUUCCCUCCCUGAAGAACUUAAUCGUAUCCGUCUGUCCCGACACAAGUUCGAGCGUUGGUGUCACAUGCCCUUCUUUGCAAAAACAGUGACUGGCUGCUUUGUGCGAAUAGGCAUCGGCAACAACAGCAGCAAGCCUGUAUACAGGGUUGCUGAAAUUAUUGAUGUGGUUGAAACAGCCAAAAUCUACCAGCUGGGUACAACAAGAACAAAUAAAGGCUUGCAACUACGUCAUGGCAACGACACACGGGUCUUUCGGUUAGAGUUUGUUUCCAAUCAGGAGUUCACAGAAAACGAGUUCAUGAAGUGGAAAGAAGCGAUGAUCAUAGCAGGGAUGCAAGUCCCAACUCUGGAUGAGAUUGCCAAAAAGGAGCAGUCCAUCAAAGAAGCAGUCAACUACAAAUUCAAUGAUAAAGACAUUGAAGAUAUAGUGAAAGAGAAGGACCGAUUCCGGAAGGCUCCAUCAAACUAUGCUAUGAAGAAAACACAGCUCCUAAAAGAGAAGGCUAUGGCAGAAGAGACUGGAAACGGGGAGAGGGUAAAACAGAUCCAAGACCAGCUGAACGAGCUGGAGGAGAGGGCCGAGGCCCUCGACAGGCAGAGGACUAAGAACAUCUCUGCCAUCAGCUAUAUUAACCAGAGGAAUCGGAGCUGGAACAUCGUGGAGUCUGAAAAGGCUCUAGUGGCUGAAGGCCAGAACUCUAAGGACCAGCAGAUGGACCCUUUCACAAGGAGGCAGUGCCAGCCCACCAUGGUGUCUAACGCCAGAGACCCCACUGUUCACGCCGCUAUCAUCGCCCAUCUGAACCAGAAAUAUGGUUCCGGUUCAUCAGCCCAGGAGAGCGCCCUGUCCGAUCACAUACAGGGACACACCAGCCAGAAAGACAAAGACGUCACCAAGACAACAAGCGACCUCUCAGAAGACCUCUUCAAAGUUCACGACUUUGACGUGAAGAUUGACCUUCAGGUCCCCACUGCAGAGACCAAGUCUCUGUCAGUGAGCUCCAACUCUCUGCCAGUGAAGGAUGGAGCCCCGCGACGCUCACUCAACCUGGAGGACUACAAGAAGAGGCGGGGACUCAUCUGAAGGACCUUCAAGCUUCCUCAUUCACCCUGCAUGUGUUAGCCAUAGGAGCUGGGGCACUAGGGCGAAGGAUACCCCUCUGUGAGUGUGUGUGUGUGUCUGUGUGUGUGUGUGUGCGUGUGUCUGUGUGUGUGUGUGGCCUACAUACAUACACAUGAAUAGUUUGUAUGACUGAAAUUAAGAGUGUGUGGAUGUGAGAGAAACCUGUAUGUGUGUUUGUGUGUGUGGUCUGCAUACAUAUAAAUGAAUGGUUUGUAUGAUUGAAAUUAAGAGUAUGUGUGGACGUAUGUAAUAGAAACUUAAACAACUGUGUGUGUGUGUGUGUGUGUGUGUGUGUGUGUGUGUGUGUGUGUGGUCUGCAUAUAUACAAAUGAAUGGUUUGUAUGAUUAAAAUUAAGAGUAUGUUUGAACGUAUAUGACAGAAACUUAAACAGCUGUGCGUGUGUGUGUGUGUGCGAGAGAGAGGGAAAAAGAAUAUGAGAGCCUUUCAUUAGAGAAAUGGCUCAAAGUAUUGGGGGUGUAUUUGAGUGUGGAUGUACAUGAAAAUCAGUUUUCAGAGUGUGUGACUGUGAGCAAGCAAUUGUUCAGCCCAAAAGUGAGAGGUUAUAUUAAAUGAAAAAAAUGUCAUGGGAUUACUCUAGGGGGAAAGGCUGUCCACUGGUUAUUUGCGUUGUGCAGAGUCGUACUCGGAAUUGUGUUUUCCGUAGUUAUUUCUUAUUUUUUGAAGCGUAUAUAUAUGAAAUAUAUUAAUUAUUUUUCCCUCAUUGGCAUUCUCAUAGGUUCAUAUCUUUUUAUAUCCUGUCCACUUUUGCGAGGGGCUCUGUGCUUGUGCGUUCAUUUUUAGAAGAAGGACAUGCUCAUAAGACUGGCUCUUCUAUGACACCCAAAACACCUGACCUGGAAUGAAUGUUCUUUUUGUAAUUUAUCCUCCGUAUAUAUUUUUUUCCAACCUGCUUUGGAAAAAGUGACAUACGGUUACAUUUGGGAAGGGAAACUGAAAAUAAGAAUAUGGGACUAUGUCUCUGUUUUUCAUCGGGAAACUCUACCAAUAAAACUUUCUCCGGGUACUGAAAAUUGUUUCCCUUUUUUUGUUGUUUUCAAAAAAAGAUAAUCCUGUGUCUCCAUUUUCAUGCCCUCAUUUCUUUUUCACACAGGGCGGGUUUUAAGUGUUAUGGAUUGUGUCCUUAGGUCUUGUAUUGAUGUGGCAUGCCAUGUAAAUAUGCGAUUUGGAGUGAGUGCAGCAAAAUAAAGAGGCACUGUUUCGUA